AUGAGAAGAAAGCGACGACAACGAACUUGUUCAACACUUUUGGAAGGUUUGCCUAAUGAAUUAUUGGCUCAAAUAUUCUCUUAUUUAAAUGGAGUGGAUGCUAUUUAUGCCUUUUCAUGUCUUAAUAAUCGUUUUAAAUGUCUUCUUAUCGAAACUUGCGAAUUGUUUGAUUUUAAAUCAAUCAGUAAAUUAAAAUUUGAUCUUGUCUUGCAGCAUCAAAAUACAAAACGAUGGAAAUCAUUAAGAAUUUCGGAUGAUGAACAUACACCUGGUCAUACAGAAUACGUUUGUCAAGUUUAUUCUUUAAGCAAUGAUUUUCCUCAAUUACAAUCGUUAGUCCUUUUACAUUUACACUCUCAAAAGAUGUGCACUGUUUUAUCCCAACUUUCAUCUUUAAAAACUCUUGUUUCAUUAACAAUUAAAUCUUUAUGUCGUGAAAUAAUGCCUCCACUUGAUCUUCCAAAUCUGAAAAAACUUGUUUUCGGUGCAUGUUCUCAUAUUGAUUGGAUAAAAAAUUUUUCUCAACUUGAAAGUGUUGAAUAUACAAUAGAAAAUUGUCAUUGGUUUAUAAUAAACGAUUUACCAUGGCCAUCAACAUUAACACAUCUUAGAAUUAUCUUUCAUUAUGAAGAAUGCUGGAGUAUUAUACAACGUUCACUUUUUCAUUUAUCAUUACUCAAUACUCUUGAAAUAUAUCAAAUACAAAGAGCGACAAUGCCUCCUAAUGGCCAAAUCUGGGAAACCUUGAUUCGUUCAUCUCUUCCAUUAUUAAAAAUCUUCAAAUUUUAUUUUAACUUCAAGUAUUCAUUGCAAUCACCUUAUCAAAUGGAUGAGGCCGUAGCAUCAUUUUCCACGCCGUUCUAUAUACUGGAAAAUAAAUGGUUUAUUCGUUGUGAUAUAUCUGACCGUGGCUGUGCACUUCUGUACUCACUACCAUUUCCUUUCGAAACUUAUACAGCUUUGCAAGGUAAUAACAUCAAAACUAUUUCAACUUUUUUGGAUGAUUACAACAACGAUUUCUAUACUAAUAUAUUCUCAAAUGUCACAACACUAGAAGUCCUAUAUAAAUCUUCUGAACCCGAUGAAAACUUCCAUUCAAACGGACUGAUUAAUUUGACUAUUCAUAAUGAUUUUGAUUCAAUUAAAUGGAUGCAUGUAUUGAAUAAACUACAACAUUUAGAGAUGCACUUUCUUACCGCGAUGCCACCAAACAAUUUUCUUCAUAUAUUGAAAAAUGCACCGCAUUUACGUUCUUUAGUUACAGAAAAGAGAAUUUUACAGAUAGCGACAGAACAUUGGAAUAAUAUUUCUAUAUGUGAUCAUCUAUCUUGCAAGAUUAUCUCGUUAAAAUUAUGUGGACGACACGCACGAACACAAUAUAUAAAUAAACAUGCAACUCAACAAAUUAUUCGGAUUUUUUCCUCGAAAUGUCAACAUUUAUCUUUAUGUAUUCAGUCAUCAGACAAUACAAUCGGUUUUAUUUUAGAAAACAUGCCUCAACUACAAAGUUUACAUGUCAAUAUUUAUGGAAAAAUAAAAUCCUUAAUUGAUAUGACAUGGUUACAAAAGGAACAGACUAUAUUCAAUAGUUCGAAUUGUAUUAUACUUAGUAAUGGAGAUGAUCAUUAUUUUUGGUUAGGAAAACAUCAAUCAUACAAGAACUUGAAGUGUGUAAAGUGA